CUCCGCUGGUUAGGAAAUUUCAUUCAGACAUCGACAAAGACUAAGUUUCUUCGCUCAUCAUGAAGUUUGCAUCGAUUCUCCCUUUUGUGGCUUUGGCCACCGCGCUGCCGGCUUCGAAUGAGGUGGUACAGCGUGCUUCGAUUUCCAAGGUUGACGGAACGAAGUUCAAUAUCGAUGGCGUUACAAAAUACUAUGCUGGGACCAACAGCUACUGGAUUCCAUUCCUCAUGAAUAACAACGAUGUGGAUACUAUCAUGUCUCAUCUUCAGACCGCAGGGCACAAGAUCCUACGUAUCUGGGGAUUCAACGAUGCGAAGUCGAAUCCGGGGUCUAACACUGUGUACUUCCAGCUCUUCUCAGACUGGACGGACUAUGGCGGAAUGGCUGCGUACUUCUCCGCUUGCGGGGUGAGCAGCAAUGAGCAAUGGUACACUGCGGCUAAGUGCCAAAGCCUGUACCAAAAUUAUAUCAAGACUGUUGUAGGGAGGUACCGGACCUCAACGGCUGUUUUCGCCUGGGAACUCGCCAACGAACCCAGAUGCAAAGGAUGCAAAACAUCUGUCCUUACAGACUGGAUCCGCAAGACAUCAGACUACGUGCGGUCGCUAGACUCGGACCAUAUGAUCACUGCUGGUGAUGAGGGUUUUGGUCUCGCUGGUGACGGAUCGUACCCAUAUCAAUUCGGGGAGGGCAUCGACUGGGAGGCCAACCUGGCACUCCCCAACAUAUCAUUUGGUACUUUCCAUUUGUAUCCAAGCUCUUGGGGUGUCUCCAACUCAUUUGGUAAUGGUUGGGUUACUGCUCAUGCGAAAAUAUGCAAGAAGCUGAAUAAGCCGUGCUUGUUUGAAGAGUACGGCGUCACCAACGCACAAGAGCACUGUCCGGUGGAGAGUGAGUGGCAGAAGACCAGUCUUGCAGCCAAGAAUGAUGGUAUGGCCGGCGACCUUUUCUGGCAGCUGGGUGAUACGAUUCCCAGCACCGGCCAGCAAACGCAUAACGACGGCCAUACCAUUUACUACGGGAGCGCAGAUUGGAAGUGCUUGGUUGAUGAACAUAUCAAGAGGAUUGGUUGA